AGCAAGAGUGGCAAGACUUUAUCUCAUGUACUUUGCACAUGUUAUCGGGAGAUAGCAGACCCUGCACAAGGAGAUCAUGCUUGGUAGAGUAGAGGGUCAGCAAAGCAAUAAAAGGAUAGAUGGAUUGAUGCAGAAGUUGCCAUUAGAUAGAUUGACACAGAAGUUGCAAUAGUAGGCUCAAAGAACAAUCAGGAUGAUGCAGGACUGGGCAGUGUUUCCUUCCUUUGUGCCUAAGAUUGCUUGAGUCCGAAUAGACUGGAUGACACGUGGUAACAACGGGACUUCUAGUGCAGUGUUAGCUAAGGGUGGCAUGUUGGAACACCUGACUUAUUCCUGAGCUUAGCAGAAAAUCACUUGUGUUUUCACCAGUGAUUGGGAUGAUAACUGCAGAGUUUUUUGUGCAUGUUCUUUAUUAUGUGGAAGACAUUUCUUUAUAACUUUUUCUUCCAAAUGGGUGUUCAUUUUUUUUCAGGUGCUUUCUCUGCAGCUACUGGUACAGUCCAUUUGUCUUCUUGUCUAGCAUGUGGGUGUGGUGGAUUAAAUUAUUUUCUUAUCGGACCAGUCUUGUAUACCAUGAAUAAAUCCCACUUGUUUGUAGUGCAAAAUUCUUGUUAUACAGUGUUGAAUUCAAAAUGCUAAUAUUUUGACCAAUCAUUAUCAUGCAUCUUGAUUGCAUGUUUGAUCACUUUCAGAUGUGGGCAUUUGACUAAUAAUUGUCUUAUCUGGAUUUCAUUGUAUGCGGACAGCUAGCAUCCUCUCACUGACAGCACUGUACGGAAGUGUAGGUCUUGAAAUACCCUUUUUGAUGAAUGAAUCGCCAUUCCUCUGCUAUUCAGAAGGUUUUCAGCGACGAAUUGCUCAGAAGUGGACAGGCCUUCUCUGCAGUCCGUUCUUGGUCUGGAAGCUCCGCUGAAACCUGUUCCCUCUGGGUGGCCCUGCUGGCAUUUGAAUCUCCAGUGAUAAAGCUUCCAGCAUCCCAGCACCACACAAGCCUCCACAGUGCGACAAGCGGACAGAGGACGGUCUCGGCUCAUAGUCCAUGGUGUGCUCCGCUCCUGCCUCUGCUUUCUUCUUGGUGAAAACCUACCGUAGAGAACGUUUGUGAAAGUAUUAAAGGCAGCCAGUAUCCAGAACCUCCAGCUGGAAACCAAGUCUUGAUGUGCUGAGAAGAAAUUCUCCAGAAGUAGAUUCUUUGGAAUGUUGUGAAUGUGGACAAGCCACCAUGGAUCCCUCAUCACAGAAACAUCGUGCCACAUCUCACACUGGAUGCACUACCUGUCAGUGUAAGGGAUGUGGAGAAGCCUGCAGUUGUCCAUCUCACCUAAAUACUGCAAGUCCACUUAAUGGAAAGAAGUCUCAUCAGUGUAAGGUAUAUGGGGGGAACUUCAUCUGUAUCUCAACACUGAAGAGUCCUGUACCAGCACUCACGGAUGAGAAACUCUAUGAAUGUAGUCAUUGUGGGAAAGGCUUUUGUAGUUUUUCAUCCUUUUGGUCACACGAAGAGAAUCAGGAAUGUAAAGAAUAUUGUAAAACCUAUAGUAGUUCUUCAUCCUUCAUAUUAGAAAGAAACUUUAAUAAGAAAAAUAUGCCUCAUGAAUGUAAGCACUGUGGCAGAGCCUUUAGUGAGAGCUCAUCCCUCACUAAACAUAUAAGAACUCACAGUGGAGAGAGACCUUAUAAAUGCAAGGAAUGUGAGAAAACCUUUACAUGUUCCUCAAAUCUCAUUAGACACGUAAGAACUCACAGUGGAGAGAGGCCUUAUGAAUGUAAGGAAUGUGGGAAAGCCUUUAGUGAGCCCUCAUCCCUCACUAGACAUCUAAGAACACACAGUGGAGAGAGGCCUUAUGAAUGUAAGGUAUGUAGAAAAUGCUUCAUUGAGGGCUCAUCCCUCACUAAACAUAUACGGACUCACAGUGGAGAGAAGCCCUAUGAAUGCAAGGAAUGUGGGAAGACCUUUACAAGUUCCUCAAACCUCACUAAACAUAUAAGAACUCACAGUGGAGAGAGACCUUAUAUCUGUCAGGAAUGUGGCAAAGCAUUUAGUUAUGCUUCAUAUCUCACUACUCAUAUACGAACUCAUAGUGGGGAGAGACCUUACGAAUGCAAGGAAUGUGGGAAAUGUUUCAGGCAGCUCUCAGCCCUUACUACACAUAAAAAGACUCAUGUUGCAAAGAAGUCUUAUGAAUGUAAGGAAUGUGGGAAAAUCUUCACUUAUGCCUCGUACCUCGCAAAGCAUGUAAGAACGCAUAGUGGAGAGAGACCUUAUGAAUGUAAAGAAUGUGGGAAAGCAUUUAGGCAUCUGUCAGCCCUCAAUAAACAUAUAAAAACCCACAGUGGAGAGAAACCUUAUGAAUGUAAUGAAUGUGGGAAAACCUUUAGAAAAGAAUCACAUCUCACUAAACAUAUAAGAAGCAAUCACAGUGGAGAGAGGUUUCAAGACUAUAAGGGAAGUGAGAAGACCUUUAUUGAAUCCUUAGCCCUUGCUAUACACAAGAAAACUCACAGUAGAGAGAAACCUUUUGAAUGUAAGGAAUGUGGGAAAACCUUUAAGGAGUCUUUAAAACUUACCAGACAUAUAAGAAUCCACAACAGAGGGAAGCCUCAUGUAUGUAGUUAUUGUGGGAAAACCUUUCCUCAUGCUUCGUCUCUUGCAAAACAUAUAACUACUCACACCGAAGAGCGGGCUUUUGAAUGUAAGCAGUGUGGGAAAGCUUUUACAAUUUCCUCAAACCUUACCAGACAUAUAAGAAUUCACACCGGUGAGAGGCCUUAUGAAUGUAAGCAAUGUCAGAUUGCUUUCAGUCGAGCAUCACUCCUCACUAAGCACAUAAGAAGAACACACAGUGGAGAGAGGCCUUAUGAAUGUAAGGAAUGCGGGAAGACUUUUAUUGAUGCCUCAGCCCUCACUAUCCAUACAAGAAUUCACACCGGAGAGAAGCCCUAUGAAUGUAAGGAAUGCGGAAGAGCCUUCAGGCAGCUCUCAGCCCUCACUACACAUAUUAGAACUCACAGUGGAGAUAGGCCUUAUGAGUGUAAGCAAUGUAUGAAAGUCUUUAGUGAGGCUUCGUCUCUCACCAAACAUAUACGAACUCACACAGGGGAGCGGCCUUAUGAAUGUAAGGAAUGUGGAAAAGCCUUUCGGUGUUCCUCAUCUCUCACUAUACACAUAAGAACACACAGUGGAGAGAGGCCAUAUGAAUGUAAGGAGUGUAGGAAAGCCUUUAGACAGCUCUCUGCCCUCACUACACAUGUGAGGAUUCACACUGGAGAGAGGCCCUAUGAGUGUAAAGAAUGUGGGAAAGCCUUCAGAGAUUGCUCAUCCCUCACUAAGCAUCUCAGAACACACAGCGGAGAGAGGCCUUAUGAGUGCAAAGAAUGCGGGAAAGCCUUUCGGCAGCUCUCAGCCCUCACUACACAUAUCAGAACUCACAGUGGAGAGAAACCCUAUGGCUGUAAGGAAUGUGAAAAAGCCUUUAGUGAUUAUUCCUCCCUUAUUACACACAGAAGAACCCACAGUGGAGUGAGGCCGUAUAAGUGUAAGGAAUGUGGGAAAGCCUUUAAGCAGCACUCUGCCCUCACUGCACACAUAAGAACCCACAGUGGAGAGAGGCCCUAUAAGUGUAAGGAAUGUGAGAAAGCCUUUAGGCAACUCUCGGCACUCACGACACACUUAAGGACGCAUAGAUGAAAUGGGUCAUGUGGAGAAACCUUUAGAAGUUCCUCACACCUCACUCGAUAAACAACUCAUAGUGCAGAGACUAUGACAAAAUAUACAGAUAUCUCACAUCUAUCAUUUCAAACAACAAAUUUCUGAAAGUACACAAUUGAAGAACAAACUUUUUUACCGAGUAAGAAAGGAAUAUUAACGAAGGAGUAAUUGAAGCUAUUUUGCACCACUGGGAGAAAUGAAAAUUUCAUUGUAAUAAUGGAACUGCCCUUAUCAGUAUUUAUUUUCUCAAUCUGACCUAAGGUUUACCUUACUUAAGGCCUUGCGCCAAGGCAAAUUGAGUAUGUAGGAAAUAGCAUAGGACAAAGCUGGUUUUACAUGUUUAAUGUUUUAAUUACACUAUUUUAUAUAUAAUAAAAUACUUUGAUCUGUUAUUUGGUGUAAGAUUGUUUUUGUUUUUAUGUAUGUCACAUUUCUUUCCAAUUGUGAAGUUAACUAUUUACCUUUCAAAAUUGGUAAUUUUCUCAUACUUUGAUCUGCUAAUCUUAUACCCAUAGCUAACUGUUGUCUCUGAUUCUUAUUACUGUAGUGUUGAGUAAGUGAUAUUUUUGUUCCACUUACAUUGUGUUUAUUUAAAAUUCUGCAAGAAAUACUUUUUCUUUAACUCACCUUCAUUUAAGAAGUUGUCUAUACAUGGACAGCCUAACCUAUAUUAAUUUUUUUCUUGUUCAAUUUGUGCCAAAUAUUGUCAUUAGGAACUCCCUAAGGUGUGAUUUUUGCCAUGUGCUGUCAAUUCAGACUCAUAAAAGAGUAAAACACUGCCUACUUAUUUUUGAGCCCAUUUUUCCAGUCCUCUGCCAAUUAAUCUUUAUCAUUUUUUGCUUUAUCUAUCACUUGUUUUUAUUUACAGUUUGUGUUCAAUACAAAUCAAUUCCAUAACAUGAGAAGUUACUAUGAAUCAAAGCAUAAAUAAGUUACUUUGACCCAAACACAACAUAUAAUCCAAAGCAAUUGUAUAGUGUUCAGAUAUGAAGCAAAAGGGAGUGUUCACACAUACACACACACAAACACACAUUAAAGAUUGAUUGUAUCUGGUUGUUGUUGUGUAAGUUUCUAAAGACAGGAAAAAAAUACUUAGGUUAUCAAAACGACUGUGUUCAUAUUUGAUACUGCAACGUAUGCACAUCAGUGUGAGACCAUGUGAGCUAAAAAUUUCAUGAACUGUCUAUGUUAAAACCAUUUCUGUCCAUUCAGACCAUUAUAAAAUAAUUAAUUUACGGAAUGAAGCCCACUUUAGGCUCAGGACCAGUUUCUUACUAUCUAAAUUUUUUUUUCUUACUAUCUAAAUUUAUUGACUCUGGUAUAGAAAGUGUUCUAAAUGUUGACUACUCUGAUUCAUGAAGUUUAUGGGUAUUUAAAAAAUGUAUCUACAAAAAAAGAGCAUAAAAGUUUUUAAUGAAUUUAAUGCAAUUUAGUUUCUAGUCUUUACUUCCCAAAUUCUUGAUUUAUAAAACAUAUCGGCAUUAGCUUGGUACUGUUGAAAUAUGUGGAGGAUUUGCAGUAACAUCUGGAUGUUCCUCUUGAUGUACUUAUAAACAGAACCAUGGGAGAUUUUCUUUUAUUUAAUCACUUUAUGGCCUUGCAGAUUUAAUAAAAACAAUAUCCUUCAUCUCAGCCUUUGUCCCUAGAAAAGACAAAACAAUUUUUUCAAGGCACCUUUAAGUGUUCAUUAUUUCUUAGUCCACAUUUAAGGAAGGAAACUAUCUCAAUUUUUGGAUGUUAUUGUUUUGUACUUGAAAUUUCAAACACACAUAACAAUGGCAUUCAUUAUCUAGUCAAUUAUGUGUUCUUCAACUCAGUGAAAUUUGAGAUUCCCAAUGUUUUCUGUCAAUAAAAUAGGUAUGGAAACAA